CACACACUUAAAUAAAAAAUUAAAAAAAAAAUUAUAUAUAUUAGACCAAUAUGGCAGCUAUACGUCCCUUAAGCGCAGAAUUGCAAAAAAUCGCUAUCGGCGAGCUAAACGAAGUGCCCCAACGUGUGCCACAGGACAUAGCCGCGCUGCGUGAAUGGAUUGAGAAGCAACCGCACCUGCGCGCACGCACCGACGAUCAAUUUUUGGUUAGUUUCCUGCGCGGCUGCAAGUACAGUCUGGAGAAGGCUAAAUCGAAAAUAGAUUACUUCUAUACCAUACGCACCAUGUUGCCGGAUAUUUUCGCAAAUAAUACCAUGUCAGAUGCGAAGAAUUUGAUGAUUGUACGCUCAGCCGGCAUCGUAGCACUGCCGAAUACGCUCGGUGUCGGUGGCCCCGUUAUAGGUUUUUCACGUUAUAAAAUUAUAGAUGAUCUACCUAUAACCGUUAAGGAUUUCUGUCGCUACACCGCUAUGGUGACGGAUAAAACUAUAGUCGGUACGGAUGCAUAUGUCAUUGGCGGUUAUAUGGAAAUUGUUGACGUGGAAAAAGUUGGCAUGAAUGCCAUGUCGAAAUUCGAUCCGAUCACAAGCAAACAGUUCAGCACCUACUGUAUUAAGGGUUCUGCUAUACGCAUUAAGGGCGUGCAUGUUAUAAAUGCGCCCAAGGAAGCUUACACUGCGCUCAAUAUCAUACGAAAUCUCUUUCCGGCUAGCAUCAAAGAAAGGUACUUUAUACACCGAAAGAUGGAGGAUUUGUACAAAUAUGUGCCCAAGGAGUAUCUGCCGAUUGAGUAUGGCGGUAGAAAUGGUUCAUUGCCGGAAUUGGCCAAAAAACACGAGCAGGACUUACUUGAUUUUAAUUACUAUUUUAAAGAAAAUGAUAAGUACGGCGUUGACGAGCAUCUAAGGCAAGGUCAAAAAAUGGAUAUGAAUUCUAUAUUUGGUUUGGAAGGCACAUUUCGAAAACUGGAUAUUGAUUAGGAAUGCAAUGCAUGAAAUU